AUUUGAGAAUCUGAAGAUGUUGAAAGCAAGUGGAAUGGGUCAUUGUCCACCAAUUUAUCAAAAAUAAUAUAUAUAUAUAUAUUUAUCCCCCCAGUUUAAAACAUUUUUACAUUUAAGACGAUCCUCACCAUUUCAUUUCUUUGUUUUUUUUUUUUUUGUCACGCAACAUAAAUAUCUCUAAUUCACACCUUUCGUUACUAUUUACAUUCCUGAUUCUCUUCCGACCGACGACCUCAUUAAUUAAUAAACACCAUGUCCACCGCCGCCACAGAGGCACCGCCGGAGAUUCUCAUCCCGUCGUUACCAAACGACAUCGCUUUGCAGUGUCUGGCUCGCGUCCCAAGACAGUACCACCCAGUCCUCGCGGCGGUGUCGAAGCCCAUAAGGUCCCUCCUCUCCUCCCCACACUUCUUCGCCGUCCGAUCAUCCCUCAACUGCUCCGAACUUCUGCCUUACCUCCGAAUUCAUAGCCAAUCCGACAAGACUCUGAGUUGGUCCGCGGUGUACGGAAGAAGACCCAACCCAAACUCCGACGACAACAAGACCAAUAUCAUCAUCGCUCCGGUCCCAGGACUUCCGGACGACUGCCUAGAUUGGUCCCACAACGUCGCCAUCGGUCCCAAGAUCUACGUUUUCGGCGGCAAAACGGACCGCCUCUUUUCAACCAAGGUGUGGAUUUUCGACUGCCGCUUCCACACUUGGGAGCGGGGUCCGAGCAUGCCAACGGCUUUAGGGUGCGCCACAAAGACUGUAGUUUUCGACGGCAAAAUAUACGUGAUCCGACAGUGGAAAAUGACCGGCUCAUGGGCGGAUGUGUUCGACGCGGUGGCCGGGCGCUGGGAGGCCCUUCCUAGCCCCGUGCUUGAGGUCUACGGCAAACUGGUUCUUGGCUGCGCCAUUAGAGGUGGUAAGGUUUGCAUCUGGAUGGACAAAGAAGAGCUCAGGUUCGACCCCGCCAUGAAGACGUGGGAGGCGUUUGAGAGUCGUAUCGGUUAUGGAUUGGAUUGGAACAUAGAGAUGUGCGAGGUGAAUGGAGUGUUGUGUUGCCUCGAUGGUUAUAGUGGGUUGAUUAAAGGCUUUGAUGAAAGAAUUGGAGGGUGGAAAAGGCUCAAGUUUGUGAAUAAAGGGAUGCGGAGUUACCGGCGGAACCUUAGGAUGAGCAAUGUGGGAGGGAGGUUGGUAAUCUUGGAGUCGGCACUUCUUCGGAAUUUGGAGAAAACUAUGGGAGUGUGGUGUGUGGAAAUUGAAGUGAAGAAAGAUAAGGAUGGGAAUUUGCAGGGAGAAGUUCUGUGGUCGGAGAUGGUUUAUUCGACGUGCGUAUGUGGAACAUAUAGGUGGCCCUUGUUAUAUAAUUGUAUGCCAGUUUCUUUGUGAGGACUAAAUGGGGUAUGUUAUUUUUUUCACUCUUUCUUUUCAUUGGAUAAGCUUGAUUUGUUUAAAUUGAUCAAUGGUUUUCCUCAUAGUUUUUGUUAUGAUUGGGUAUCUGAGAAUCAGAGAAUGUACAACAAGCUCGAGUUAUAGAAAUCAGAUUGCAUUCUUG